GUCCGUGAAUUUUUUUUGGUUUGGUUUGAUCUGCUUCUGUAACUGGAUAUCAGCAAGUACAUCUGAAAAUGGGUGUGAGAGGGAGGAAUCUACAUGAGGAGUCAAUGAGUGAUUGGCAGUCUGUCUGAUGUGAAGGCGAAUGAAAGAAUGAGGAAAUGGGGCUUGUUAAAGCUUUUGUUUCCCUUCCUGUCAGAAAGGUAGAGUCAGUGUUGUGCUGACAGGAGCUGGCUGACGGAUGUCUGUUGUCUUCACUGAUAUGUAGGAUACAAGAGCAGAGGAGAGACUGCCCAAGGACUGCAUCUGAAUGCUUCAAACAAGAGUUCACUGACAGAAGGAGGUCAUUGAAUUAUUAUCUGUACAGGUACCACAAUCAUGGCACCAAUCAGCACCGAUCUCGUAGGCUGGGCGCUCACAGAGCAACCAGAGGCUGCAUUUCUUUCCAUAGUCGUCCUCUUCAUUGUCAGCAUCGCACUCCUCGUUCUCUGUGCAAGCUGUAAAAAACAUUCAUUUGAGUUAGAGAGCCACAGCGUACCCGAGCAGCAGAAAGCAUCCACACUUGUGAGCGUGGCAAAAAUGAAUGAUUCAAGAGGUGCCAGACAAAGCCCUGCUGCUAAUGACAUCACAGAAGAUGAAACCGGUUUAGAGGCGGCGGAAGGUGACGUUGCGUACAAACCCUGGAGAAGUCACACUCUCACUCACGGUUCAAGCCUACAACCUCAAAUAAAUGGUGGUGCUGGGACAACGACUGAGGGUUCGGUGACACGUCAAGCUAUCUGAGAACGUGCAAGCACUUCGGAUGACCCUGUUCUACUUCUAAAAUACUCUCUGAGUGAAAUUUCACAAGACAAUACAAACAUAGAAGUACCUUUCUUAUUAUUUUUUCAUUCAGGUGACAAAAGUGGAGUCGCUGCUGUAGGCGAAACACCACCAACUUUGAAUGGUGGAAAAAAGCCUGCAAAGAGCUCCACCAUCUUUAUUAUGCAACCUGAAAUGCUCAAACUAAACCAACCCCUUCACUAUUUGGAGAUAAAUGGUUUCUGUAUCCUUCUGAAGCCAGGCUGAGGUCCUGCUUUGUGGCAUUGACUCCCAUAAGUGCCCAUCAAACUUUGAGACCAUAGAAACUAUAGGAGCCCCCGAUCGGUCCCUCAGCAUGGACUGGACUGAUUCAAAGCUGAAUCAGUAUGCAAUGGUUCAGACAAGAAUGGUCAGUGUCCCUUAAGGGAGGGAGCCUGAUCUUCUGGCCACACCUGUUUUGACAAAUGGGGAUCUCUAUUCAGGUGGUCACAGAUUAAAUGCAACAUAAACAAGAAAAUCAGGUGUCAUCUCCAUCUGAAGAGGAGGGGGAAGUGUCGGCAUUAUUACCAAAAAGACCUAAACAAAAAUGAAGAUUUUCCUUGUAAUCUUUUUCUAAUGAAGUCCAGUAUUGUGAAAUUAUUCUGUAUUCAUAUUCAUUCUUAGUAGGGGUGCAAUAUAGACUUUAUCUCUCAGAUCAACUGGUCUGUAUAUGUUUAAGUUUAUGGAUUUAAAUAGCAGCAUACUAGUGAAUACUUUGAGGUUUUGAACAAAUGUAUGAAUUCAAGUGGGCAUGAAUGAUGUAAUUAAAGUACCAUAUGCUUUAGAAUUAA